UGAAAUGAAUAGAACUAGAUUUGAUGAGACCAACCGAAAAUUUUAAGUAUUUCUUUAUUAUAUACCUUAGGAAUAUUAAGCUGAAUUCAAAAUUCCAAUUUUGCCUUCAAGUUAACAAGAAAACUUUAAUGCCUAAAAAUUUUAUUAACUUUAUCCAGAAAUGACACCAUUCCAUGCAAUUAAGCCACAUCAAGCCUAAGCAUUUAAUCCAGAGAAAACUAGACUCUAUAUAGAGAGUUUAUAAAAACAAAAUCAAGAAAUAAAUUAUGAAUUAAGAUAAUAAGCUAAUGAUAUUGUUAGCUUGUCUUAAAUGGUUAAUACAUUGAUUGAUGAAAAUCGAAGUCUUUCAUUAUUACUUGAAUAAAAAGAUUAAGAAAUGCAUUCCAUUGUUGAAACUAUGACUAUUAAUGAAGCUGAAGAAAUCUGUGAUCUUAGACAUUAAUUAAGAUUUUCAGAUGAUGAAAAAUCAGUUCUUUUAUAACAUGUUAAAGAGCUAAGAUAAUAAUUAGAUGAUAAAAUUUAAGAUGGUUUAGAAUUAGAUAAACAAUUUCAAAAUUCAAAAAAAUAUUGUCUUUAACUUGAACAAUAAAUUGAAAAAUAUAAGUUAUCAGAAAUCUCUUUAUCUGAAUAAAUGCAAAUUCUUAAGGAAAAUUGUAGAACUGAAAUUGAAAUCAAAAGUUCUUAUCAAUUUGACAAUUAGAAAAAGGAUAGUGUUAUAACAUCACUUACAUUUACAGUAGAAAAACUAAAUAAAUAAUUGUUAUAAUUUUCAACAGAUUAUGAGAAAUUAUCAUCUGAUAAAAAUGAAUUGCAUUCUUAGAGUAAUCUUAAAAUUUAUGAAUUAAAUUAAGAAUUAGAUGAUUUAAGUAAUGAAUUAUAAAAAUAUCAAAUUACAAAUGAUUAAUUAUUGAAAGAAAUCAAUUAAUAACAUAAAGAACUUACAGAAAAGUAAUUCUUUUGUGAUUAAUUGGCUGAUUAAUGUGAUGAUAUUAUGAAUAAAUUAAUGAUGGAAAUUGAAAAACAAAAAAAACUAUCAGACAAUGAAAUUAGACUAUAAGAACAUAUUGGAUAAUUAAGUAUAUAAAAUACAGAAUAUUAUAAUACAUUAAAAUAAUAAUCAGAAUAAAUUAAUCAAUUAAUUGAUCAGAGCAGUGAAGAUUUAAGUUUUUAAAAAUAAAAAUUUGAUUAAACAAUGUAGAAAUUAAAAUAAGAUUAUGUUAAUGAAUUGAAACAAAAAUAAUUAGAAAUUUAAUAACUUGAAGAAAAUAAUUCUUUAAUUUUGAAAGAGUUAAAUAAUAUUAAAAAUGAAUAUGAGAUACUUAAAAUAGAUUAUGAAUAAACAAAAAAAGAAAUUAGUGAUUAUUAACAAUAGAAAAGAAUAAUAGAAUAACUUUAGUUACAAAAUAGAUAAUAAAAAUUAUAAUUGGAAGAAAACAAAGCUUUAUUACAAGAGUUUGUAUCACAUAAAGGAGGAGUUUAAGCAGAUAUAGAAGAAAGAGAUAAACAUAUAUAAAAAUUAAUUAAUUAAAAGGAUGAUAGAAUUGCUGAAUUAGAAAGAGAUUUUUAAAUGUAUUAUGAGAAAUGUGCUUUGCUUUAAUAACAUUAAAAAAAUAAUGAACUUUUAGAAUAAUAAAAUUUUAAUUAUAGAGAAGUGAAAGAAUUAUUUGAAUAAGAAAAUGAAAGAUUAAAAUAAGAGAUUUCUAAAUUAUAAACUUAAAUUAAUAAUUAUGCAACUAUUUAAAAAUAAUAGAAAAUUAAAGCUGAAAAAUAAAUCCUUGAAGAAAAUUAAUAAUUACGAAAAGAAUAAAAUGAAAUGGCAAAUGAACUUUAAAGACUUAAAGAUCAAUUAGCUAUGAAUACAUUACCUUUACCUCAAAAAUAACCAAGUGAAGCUGGAAGUAGAGUAAGAUAAGGAGGAACCUCUUAAGAUUUUUAAUAGACUAAACAAAAUUAAGUUUAUUAAUAACCAUAAUAAUUAAUAUAGGUAUUUAUUUAUAUUUACAAAGCCUCCAUCACCUCAUCAUUCAUAACAUUCACAUGCUCUAUCAAGAAGAAAUAUUCAAGACUCAGAUGAUGGAUCUGUUAAAGGAGGAGGAAAUACUUAAAGCAAAAAUAUGCAAUAUUCAUUUAAUGAUGACCAAAUGAAAUAAUAAUAAAUUUAGAGAUAGAGAGAAAGAGAAAAUUCUUAUCAUUCUAAUAUGUCUAAUGCUCCAUACAAAAAAAAAACAUAAUAAUAAUGA